AUGGGCGCCACCACCCUGCUCUGCCUGCUGCUCUGCCUGCUGUCGAGCCUGCUCUGCCUGCUGCUCUGCCUGCUGUCGAGCCUGCUCUGCCUGCUGUCGAGCCUGCUAUGCUUGCUGUCGAGCCUGCUCUGCCUGCUGCUCUGCCUGCUGUCGAGCCUGCUAUGCCUGCUGUCGCGCCUGCUCUGCCUGCUGCUCUGCCUGCUGUCGAGCCUGCUCUGCCUGCUGUCGAGCCUGCUCUGCCUGCUGCUCUGCCUGCUGUCGAGCCUGCUCUGCCUGCUGUCGAGCCUGCUAUGCCUGCUGCUCUGCCUGCUGUCGAGCCUGCUCUGCCUGCUGCUCUGCCUGCUGUCGAGUCUGCUAUGCCUGCUGUCGAGCCUGCUCUGCCUGCUGCUCUGCCUGCUGUCGAGCCUGCUAUGCCUGCUGUCGCGCCUGCUCUGCCUGCUGCUAUGCCUGCUGUCGAGCCUGCUAUGCCUGCUGCCGAGCCUGCUCUGCCUGCUGCUCUGCCUGCUGUCGAGCCUGCUAUGCCUGCUGUCGAGCCUGCUCUGCCUGCUGCUCUGCCUGCUGUCGAGCCUGCUAUGCCUGCUGUCGCGCCUGCUCUGCCUGCUGCUCUGCCUGCUGUCGAGCCUGCUAUGCCUGCUGUCGAGCCUGCUCUGCCUGCUGCUCUGCCUGCUGUCGAGCCUGCUAUGCCUGCUGUCGAGCCUGCUCUGCCUGCUGUCGAGACUGCUGACGGGACUGUUCGCUGUGUCGCGGCGGCAGCUAUCCCAGUAG